GUGCCAUUCACCUUCUACACUGACAUGUGAGCCACUGCAGUUCGGUUAAAACUUUUAUAAUGCCACAAAUUGCUAAUAAACCUAAUGAAUCCACAAUAAGAGUGCCGUUUGACACUCCACGACUGGCUGAAAUCGCCUACAGAGUGCUGAGUGUUGACCAGGAACCUCGUCGGAACUUCGUGCAGAAAACUUUGAGCCUGGAUGGCGAUGUCCUAGUCAUUAAUUUCCGAGCCGACCAAGUAAAGAGCCUGCGCACAGCCAUCACCUCCUUCUUUGAGAGCCUACUCCUCUGCCAGGACACUAUCAAGCAGUUUGGAGACUCCAAGGAGGAAAAAGUAAUCCCAGAGAGCGAAGAUAAUGCCGGAACACAGUCCGGCUCCGACUCCGCAUAG